AUAUUCCCUAAAAGAGGAAAAAAGAGACUGAGAUCCCACAGAAAGAAUCGAUGAAGCAGACCACUAUUAAAGGCUUGGGGUAUGGAGACAGAGGGUGAGAAGGCACCUAGAAGGCGAUAUAGGCUAUUAGACUAGCCGCGAGUAGACUCAGUCAGUAGAGGUUCCAGACCUGACUCUGCUAUUUACCAGCCUGGGUUUCAAUGUCUCAAUGGACCUUAUAGGAUCUUGGUGAAAAUCAGCCUCAUAAACAAAUGCUUGUAAAACACUAGUACAGUUCUUGACAAAUGCUUAAUACAUCUUUGUUACCUUGGAAGAGGAAAGGUCCCUGGCUGUGGGUUGGGGUAUGGACAAGAUGACCCUGCAGGGACACGGGGCAAAGGUCCAGUGACUCCAGAGACCAUUCCUCCUCUGCUGUUUGCAGCUGAUAAACCUCUUAUCUGGCCCAGGCAGGGGAGUCCAGGGCCAGGAUAGGAGGAGAGGGCAGGGCAGCUAUCAGGCACCAGGCCUGGGCCAUAUCUCAGAGAAGGGGAGGGACUAUCUGCGUGGUUCUUCCCACAACACACUCCUUGGGGAUCCCCAAGCACUCGCUCUCAUCUUGGGAAGAAAAGGCUGAGAUCCUAAAACUGAGAACAGAGGAGGAAAGCAGGAGUGAUCCCUGAUGUUGCCUCAGAAAAUGGGGAGGAAGAAUCCAGAAGACGUGACUUCUGCCCCAGCCAGUGUUACAGUUUUGGGGAGAAAGAAAUAGGGUAAAGAGAAGGCAUCUUGUCUGAAAAAAGGGUUGCUGGGGCCAUUUGGGUUUUGGGGGACCCUGGACCAGGCCCUGGCCCAGUAGGAUGCCCCCGUGUCCUCCCCAGCAGAGCAGGAACAGGGUGACACAGCUGCCCACUCCGGAGCUGGGUGAGAUGGAACUGACUUGGCAAGAGAUCAUGUCCAUCACUGAGCUUCAGGGCCUAAAUGCUCCAAGUGAGCCGUCGUUUGAGCCUCCAGCCCCAGCCCCAUACCCUGGGCCCCCACCACUCCCAACUUACUGUCCUUGCUCAAUCCACCCAGAUGCUGGCUUCCCCCUUCCUCCACCACCUUAUGAGCUCCCAGUAUCCUCAACUCAUGUCCCAGACCCCCCAUAUUCUUAUGGCAACAUGGCCAUCCCAGUCUCCAAACCACUGAGCCUCUCAGGCCUGCUCAGUGAACCCCUCCCAGACCCCUUAGCCCUCCUAGAUAUUGGGCUGCCAGCGGAGCCACCCAAACCUCAAGAAGACCCAGAAUCCGACUCAGGAUUAUCCCUUAACUAUAGUGAUGCUGAAUCUCUUGAGCUGGAGGGGACAGAGGCUGGUCGGCGGCGUAGCGAGUAUGUAGAGAUGUAUCCGGUGGAGUACCCCUACUCACUUAUGCCCAACUCCUUGGCCCACCCCAAUUAUGCCUUGCCACCUGCUGAGACCCCCUCAGCUGUAGAGCCCUCUUCAGGCCCUGUGCGAGCCAAGCCCACUGCACGGGGGGAGGCAGGGAGUCGGGAUGAGCGUCGGGCCCUGGCCAUGAAGAUCCCCUUCCCUACGGACAAGAUUGUCAACUUGCCGGUAGAUGACUUUAAUGAGCUGUUGGCACGGUACCCGCUGACAGAAAGCCAGCUGGCACUAGUCCGGGACAUUCGACGGCGGGGCAAGAAUAAGGUGGCUGCCCAGAACUGUCGCAAGAGAAAGCUGGAAACCAUCGUGCAGCUGGAGCGGGAGCUGGAGCGGCUGGGCAGUGAGCGGGAGCGGCUGCUCAGGGCCCGUGGGGAGGCCGACAGGACCCUAGAGGUGAUGCGCCAACAGCUGGCCGAGCUGUACCGUGACAUUUUCCAGCACCUUCGGGAUGAAGCUGGCAACAACUACUCCCCUGAAGAGUAUGCGUUGCAACAGGCUGCUGAUGGGGCCAUAUUCCUUGUGCCCCGGGGAAGCAAGAUGGAAGCCUCAGACUGAGCUGGCCCAACUGGGCGGACCGGUGAUGGAGAUUCCCUUCAUUCCCUUCUGAUAAAGGAACUCCCCGACCCUGAGGCCCAGAAGAGGACAACAGUGAAAAACCUGACAUGUUAGGUCCAAGGUGUGUUCAAUGAGGCUUGCUGUGAGACAAGUAUGUGAGGGGAAGGCUGAAAUCUUUCUGUGAUUCAGCUCCCCAGGUCUCCAACCUCCACCUCUUGUUUGAGCUUUGGUUUAUAAAGCACUCUACAGAAAU